GAGAGAGAGCAAGACCACAGCGCACAACUGCUCAGCAGACACAUCAUCUAGAAGAUCCCCACUAAGCUCACCAAAUGCAGUUUGGAAAGGAGUUUGUGAGGCAAAACAGCUUCUACAAAUGUGUGAUAAAUGAAGGGGAAACAGACCUGGAUUCUGCGGAUGUGUUUGAGUUGGCUUUCAAAGGGAAGGCGUCUGCUAUCGACCACCUGAUCCAGAAAAUUCCAGAACGCCUAAGCUUCAGAGAUGAGAAUGGAGCUAGCCUACUGCACUAUGCCUCAGCCGGAGGAAACCUGGACAUAAUUCGACUCAUUGUUUCUACUGUGGGUCCUGAGGAGCUGAAUGUACAGGAUGAGCAGGGCAGAACUCCUCUGCACUGGGCUGUGGAGAAGGAUCAACAGCAGAGCUGUGAAUUACUGUUAGACCUGGGUGCUGACCCCAACAUCCUCAACAGUGCCCUGAUGGGCCCUCUGCAUUUGGCUGUCACUAAAAGAUACAAUCAUCUGGUAGAGGUCCUUCUGUCCUGUGACAGAACAGAUGUCAAUCUGGAAGGGGAUCUGGGAAACACCCCAGUGAUGCUGGCCUGCAGCAAUAAUAAUUGCCAAGCUCUCCGUUCUCUUUUCAAACGUGGCGCCAAGAUGUGUCUUCAGAACAAACUGGGUCACUAUGCCAUCCAUACAGUUGCUUUUGCAGGUGCCAAAGAGGCCAUGGAGCUGGUUUUGAAAAUUGGAGAAGAGCUUGGCAUUUCCACUUCAGUGCACAUUAAUUAUUUGGAUAAGACCAAAAGCACCCCCCUCCAUCUAGCUGUACGUGGGGGUAACAUUGAGGUGAUCAAACUUUGCAUCAUUAAAGGAGCCAGAGUGGAUCAGCAACAGUGUGACAAAUCCACGGCCCUCCACUUUGCCUGCACUCAGGGUGCUCUGGAUGCCAUCAAAAUCAUGAUUUCCUCUUACAACAGAGUGGAAGACAUCAUCAACCUCAGGGAUGGAGCCAAUCAGACCCCCUUACAUAGAGCCACGUUGUUUGAUCAUGUCGAGUUGGCUGAAUAUCUUAUUUCAAAGGGAGCAGAUAUUGACUGUAUUGAUUGUAAGGGACUGUCUCCACUGCUGAUGGCCUCCAACUGCAGUGCUUGGAAAACUGUUGCAUAUUUACUGUCAAUAGGUGUCAAUUUCAAAGUCAAAGACAAAGCAGGUCGCAACUUCCUCCACCUUGUCAUUCUUCAACCGAAAGGGCUGAAAAAUCUUCCUGAGACAGUCUUACAGAGUAAUGCUGUGAAGGAGAUGUUGUCUGAUGAGGAUGUUGAAGGCUGCACUCCUCUGCACUACGCCUGCAAACUUGGCAUUCACGAUUCGGUCAAAAAUAUGCUGGGUCUCAAUAUCUUCUUGGGUCAAAAGUCACGGGAGAAGAAAUCAGCGCUUCACUUCGCUGCAGAAUAUGGGCGUUUAAACACAUGCCACAGGCUGCUGGAGAACCUCACGGACUCCAAAAUGCUGAAUGAUUGGGACGAAAAGGGUCUGACAUCCCUUCAUCUUGCUUCAAGGGCAGGACACACACAAGUAGUGGAGCUGCUGCUCCGGAGGGGAGCGCUGUUUCAAAAUGAUUACAAAGGCUGGUCCUGUUUACAUCAUGCUGCGGCUGAGGGAUACACACAGACAAUGAAAAUCCUCCUCGCAGCCAAUGUCAAACUACUGGACGGAACAAAUGAAGAUGGGAACACAGCCCUUCACAUUGCUGCACAAGCGGGACAUGUAGGUGCUGUUUUGCUGUUAUUGGAAAGAGGAGCUGAAAUCACUCUCAACAAUGCUGACAACUCUUUUUUGCAUGAAGCUGUGCGAAAUGAGAAAAAAGAUGUAGUGAAUGCCACUAUCGAAAGUGAGAGGUGUGCUGAGGCAUUAACGUCAUUUAAAGCCAAAUCCCGCUGUGUCGUGAUGGACAUCAUAGAGUUCCUCCCGGAGUCUUUCAAGCACCUUCUGGACCGGUGUAUUGUUGAGUCUGAUCACGACGCCAACAGUCCAGAUUAUCAUAUCAGGUACGAUUUUCACUGGCUUCAAGCUCCUAUACAGUUGAAGAAGUAUGCUAAAGCAGACAAAACCAUGAAUUUCCAACCAUUGGCAGCUAUGAAUGCAAUGGUGCGGUACAACCGCCUGGAGCUCCUCACUCACCCCGUUAGCCGAAAAUACCUGGAAAUGAAGUGGAAGGCAUAUGGAAGCAAGGUUCAUUUGCUCAACCUGGCAGUCUACCUGCUUGGCUUGUUGCCCCUCACAUACCUCAUCCUCAAUCUGAGACCGAGCCAGGACAUUUCUACCAAUGGCACAUCUGUCACCAUGGUGCCCGUAUCUUUUAGUGAGCAAAAAUGUUUAAUCUCAGUCUGUAUUAUCAUGGUGCUCGUCAUGAAUGUGUAUUCCAUUUGCAAAGAGCUGGUGCAGUUGGCUCAGCAGCGAAUAAAUUACUUCACGGACUUCUCUAACCCUGCUGACUGGAGUGCAGCUAUUAGCUCUUUAGUAUUUGUCAUUCCCAUGUGCUUCAAUGUAGACAACACGUGGCAAUGGCAGGCUGGAGCUUACGCCAUUUUGACUUCAUGGAUCGGCUUCCUGCUCUACUUCCAGAGGUUUGAGCGUAUUGGAAUCUACGUGGUGAUGUUUGGUGGAAUCGUUAGGACCCUGGUAUGCAUCAUGGUUCUUUUUAUCUUUCUUUUGCUGGCAUUCGGAUUGGCCUUCUACGCUUUGAUGCUCCACCGGGCUGAGUUCAACUCCAUCGGCCUUGCACUUGCCCAGACAUUUGUGAUGACAGUGGGAGAGCUGAACUACCAGAGCACAUUCCUGAACACUUAUGAAGAAGGCCACAUGGCAUUCCCUGGGGUCACCUAUUCUGUGUUUGUGCUUUUUGUGCUUCUCAUGCCUAUUCUUCUCAUGAACCUAAUGAUUGGUUUGGCAGUAGGAGACAUUGCAGAGGUACAGAGAAACGCAGAGUUGAAACGGAUAGCCAUGCAGAUAGAUCUUCACACUGUCCUCGAGGAGAAACUACCUUACUGGUUCCUGAAGCGAGUGGACAAAUCAUCUAUCACCGUCUAUCCCAAUAAAUGCAAGAAAUUGCUGAUACAGGUCUUCAUUGAUGGUGAGAUCCAAAACACAGUUCGCACCCGUCUGAACCUCUGCUCACGACAGGGAGGGCAUCUAGAGAGAGAGCUGCACAAACAGAAGAACAGGUUGAAAGUGGUGUCCUGUAUGCUGGAGAAACAGCAUGAUCUGCUCAAACUGAUCAUUCAGAAGAUGGAAAUCACUUCUGAGGCUGAUGAAUAUGACGGCCCACAUAACCCUAGAGCUCUGAAACAGUCCACUUCCUCAUCUCAGAAGUCAAAGUGGGUCCCACUGAUGCAAGCUAUUAGGACAAAGAAAUAAUAUUAGAGACAUAGUGUAAAUAUAAGCCAAAUACUCAGCCGUCAACCUUCAUAAUGACUGUUUUGAUGUUAGUUUUAGGUUUUCCUCCCAUCUGGUUAAGUGUAAAUGUCUAAUCAUGGGAUUAUAAUGUAUUUGGAAGGUUACACUGAUAUAUAAUAUAUUAUGAGUCAGUCUAUUAAAUACUCUUGCAGUUUGUACUGAACUCAGAACAGAAGUGUUUGAAUGGUAUCCAAUGCUUUAAUGCAUAAUGAAGAUCUCAUUGCUCUAGUACUGAAGAUGAUGUGGUUUGAGAAAAGCAUUUGGAAUUAAUGCACUGACAAGCUCCUAAUGCAAACUUAAAGACCUCAAACUCUGUGAUGCAUCACAUAUAGAUUUAUCACACCGAUCGGUCCACAUUUGUAGAAGAAUUAGCAUGUAAAUUGCAUCUGGCCUUGUGCCCGGAUGCUGUCAUAACACUGAUUUCAAAGUAGUUCUGUUAAAGGAGAGCACAAGUGUGUAACCCUCAUAUUUUGGAUCUGUUUGAGCUCCCUUUUUAGUGUACCUACCCACCACUAUAUCAUGAUGAUAUUCCCAUGAAAGCUGCAUUACGUAAAACCAUCUUGUUGAUCACAUUGUCAAUGGUGAUUUCACAGACUUAAGCAAAAGUCACUCAUGUUUGGAGUAGAUUAAGACAUGCACCUGCAGGACACUGUAAAAUCACUUUGUGAUUUAGCAUGCACAUUGUGAGAUGUAGUACAUUUGAUGACAAGGGUUUCAAUAUCCAGAUGGAAUGGAUUUGUUUUAGAUUUGGUCAGUUGAAGCAAUAUAAACUGCCUGGCCAAAGAAAAAAGUCGCUGUUUGGAUUUAAAUAGGCAAAUGCUUAAGAGACUAUGAUUGUAUCAUUAUUGCGGUGAUUAUUAUGUAUUUUAAGCAGUGUACCUUUACUGCUGUUGAGUACAUUUGCUUGAAGCAUGAAAAAAUUGUGAGGAAAAUAAAUUAAAUGCCACAAUAUGUGUUCAAGCCAA